UGUCUGCGCAUGUGUAUGCGCAUGCGUGGACGCUCUCCUCUCCCCUCGUCAUUUCUCGGCGGUUGUUCGGCUUGAUCCGACUCCUCUCGGCUGCCUUGAGUUUUCGGUAUUGUAAAAAAGGUGCCGUGAAUUGGAGGAGGAGGAGGAGGGGGGCCGAUUUGCCAAAAUUCCCUCCACGGGGUACUAUCUGUAGUCUCGGCGAUCGCAAUUUAAAGCACCUUUUACAUUUUAACUAAUUCAUUUUUAUCGUUUUUAGUAAUUUAUUCAAAUUAUCUUAGUUUAUGCUUUACGUUAACAUUCUGGGAGGGCAGAAAUGGCGGCCAACAUGUACCGGGUCGGAGAUUAUGUUUUCUUUGAAAACUCCUCCAGUAACCCCUACCUGAUCCGCCGGAUAGAGGAACUCAACAAGACCGCUAGUGGAAAUGUGGAGGCCAAGGUGGUUUGUUUUUACAGAAGGAGAGACAUCUCUCACAGCCUCAUCCAGCUCGCAGAUAAACAUGCAAAGGAGUUGGAAGAGGAGAAGGAAAACCCAACAGAAACAGAUCUGACGGAGAAACAGAAACACCAGCUUCGCCACAGAGAGCUCUUCCUCUCCCGACAGUACGAGAGUUUACCCGCGACUCAUAUUAGGGGAAAGUGCAGUGUCGCGUUAUUGAAUGAGACUGAAUCAGUUCUUUCAUACCUUGACAAAGAGGAUACCUUCUUCUACUCGCUUGUGUACGACCCCACACAGAAGACUCUGUUGGCCGACAAAGGAGAGAUCCGAGUUGGACCACGUUUUCAGGCAGAUGUACCUGAAAUGUUACAAGAAGGUGAGGCUGAUGAGAGGGACCAGUCUAAACUAGAAGAGAAGCUCUGGGAUCCAGAGUGUCCUCUCACCAACAAACAGAUAGACCAGUUCUUAGUGGUGGCACGAGCGGUUGGGACUUUUGCCCGAGCAUUAGACUGCAGCAGUUCCGUCAGACAACCGAGCCUCCACAUGAGUGCAGCCGCCGCCUCGCGAGACAUCACACUGUUCCACGCGAUGGACACGCUGCAUCGCCAUAAUUACGACCUGUCCAGUGCGCUGAGCGUCCUGGUCCCGGCGGGGGGUCCAGUGCUGUGCAGAGACGAGAUGGAGGAGUGGAGCGCCUCCGAAGCAGCCAUGUUUGAAGAGGCGUUAGAGAAAUAUGGGAAAGACUUCAACGACAUCCGACAAGAUUUUCUGCCAUGGAAGUCUCUGACCAGUAUCAUAGAGUACUACUACAUGUGGAAGACUACAGACAGAUAUGUGCAGCAGAAGAGACUGAAGGCAGCUGAAGCAGAAAGCAAACUGAAGCAGGUUUAUAUUCCAACAUACAACAAACCCAACCCGAACCAGAUCUCUGUGACGAAUGGCAAGAUGGCGACGGUAAAUGGCGCGGGCCCCGGGGCCUUCCAUGCAGCAGGAGGGGGCAGGGCCUGUGAGAGCUGCUACACCAUGCAGUCAGCUCAGUGGUACUCCUGGGGGCCUCCCAACAUGCAGUGCCGCCUGUGCGUCUCCUGCUGGAUGUACUGGAAGAAGUACGGCGGGCUGAAGAUGCCCAGCAGAGCCGAAGCUCCAGAGGAGAGAACCUCCCCCAGCCCAGCAAGCAAUGAGUCUCGCCCCAGGGGUCACACCGCUCGUCAGUCCAACCACAUGGUUCCGAUGAGAAACAGCGGCAGCCCCAAAUCCUCCAUGAAGACCAAGCAGGCUUUCCUGCUGCAGGCCACGCGCCUCACCAAGCUGGCUCGGCACAUGUGCCGUGACAUCAUCAAGCUGCGCCGCGCUGCGCGCCGCCCAUUUGUCCCCAUUAACUGUGGGGCCAUAAAGGCAGAGUACAUGUUAAGGGUGUCCGAAGGGCAGGGGACUCGCCUACCCAAAACCAGAGCCGCCCAAAGGAGCACUCUGACCAGUGUUCUGCAGUUUCUGGGUAAAAAGAAAAAAACCAAAACCUUACGGUUCAAUCACAACCGGGUUCUAUAUGAGCUCACCAUCAAUUAUUCAGAUGGUUCUAUAGGGGCGAGUUCAUGCAGCUCCAGUGUGGUGUCUCUUGCAGAGUCUCGUCCUGCAUCCCACGCCCCUCGCUCCCACCGCACCCCAGGCCUCCAGACGCCUCCCCCUCGCCGCCUCCUCUCAUCCCUUCCGCACGGCCCUCAUGGCAUGCUGGGAAAACGCAGCUACCAUCACCACAGCAGGGCGGAGCCAGAGAGGCGCUCAGAGAACCCCGGUUCAACAGGUGGAGCUCUAAUGCACAAUGGCCGCAGCAGCAGCUCUGGAAACACACGGGGAGGAGUGAUGAUCCGCAAGAGACGCCCAAACUGGAUCGAUGCCCCUGAUGACAGCUUUUUCCUCGUCACCCGGGAGACCAGGAGGGCUCGGAGGCUGCUGUCACGCUCUCAGCUGAGGCACGCUUGUCGGCAACCCUGCGAGCAGAUAAUGCUGCGCAGGGUCUCCCAGGGCCCGCCUCAGGGGCUGGUCCUCACCCCUCAUCCUCACCCCAGUCUGAGAAUGCGUGGCCCCAUUGUCAUCCACGACUGAUUGGAACUCUCUGACCCUUACACCGCACCUGCAUUCGCACUAUCAAAUUCUAACCUCCCCCCUCUUAUUUCUACAAGUCCUCAGUUUCUAAUCAUGUAAAUACCGUCAUAACUUGUUUGGUAACAGAACGAUGUGACUGAAAGGGCUGAACCUCUGAGAAUUUGCUUGUACAUAGUGUACCUGUGUGUGCGUGCCAGAGUGUGUAUGAGUUCGGUCAUAACAACAACGCGGGGUUUAAGCCAUGCUUCGUUUUCAUUUUCACGGCCGAUCUUUGUGUGACUUUGUGUUGAUGGUGAAUCGUUGUGCGCAGUCAUGAGUUUGUACAGUUCUUUUUGGGUGGGAUCUUGGCUACGAUGGGGUGGGAGAGGGGUUAGACUCCUUUUAUCUUUAAACUCUGAAGGUCUUUUAGAAGAAACAGCUGUGUUGAAGAAUGACGACCUGAACUCUUAAUCCAUCAAAGCUUCUCGACUCCAAACUUUGUUAUUUACUACAGCUCUACAGGUACUAAAGAAAAUAAUAGAAAAACAAAACCUGAAGGCAGCUUACAUCAAACAAAGCAAAAGUCUCUCACAUGAACCAGUGUACAGUAUGCUGCAUAUCUCAUUAGGCUACAUCACUGUAGAUUCUUCUCAUCCAGUUUCUAUGGCUACCCAGCCCUGACAUGAGUAAUAAAGCAUUUCCUUAGCAGGAGAAAAGGGGGCAUGGAUCUAUUAUAUUUCCCUACAGGCUCUGAACUCCCUUCAACUUUUAGAGGCCGAAAAAGGUGCAAACUUCAAUCAGCAGUGCUUCAAACCACCUUGAAGCAUCUGUUGUUGGAUUUCUACCUUGAAAGUUUAUACUCUGGUUUUCUGUGUUUUUUCCUCUGCGAUGAUAUGCCUGUAAAUGUUGGUUAACUCACCCAGUCUUGAGGUGCGUUUGCAGUUUUUAAACCAGGUAAUGCCAUGCAUGUCUCUGACCGAUUGGUCACAUGACUUCUUCUCUUUUCAUUCAGAAUGUUUAUGUUAGUGUUUCCUUGUGUGUCAUGUGUUGAAUAUGAGCAGAAUUAAAAAAAAAAAAAAAAUCAACCAA